AUGAACGCCGCCAUCGGAGAUGGUCCUUACCACAGCCCUUCCCAGAUAUCUCUUAUAGAUGUCCUCUUUCCCGGGUUCAGUAUCAUCUCUGCCUCAGCACAGCAACUGCUUGCCGGUAACCUGGACAGCUACACUGGGCUGCUUUGUACUUUGGAAAUGCUUGUCCUCUUCGCCCGCUAUAUUUCCCGCUACGUUUGGGAUCUAUCUGAAGCCUCGACAAUUUAUGUCUCAUACUACGACGAAGCAUACGACAUGUUACUGAUAGCUGAUCAACUAUUUAUCCACAAUGCCCAUUCAUCAAUUGCUCGCGUGAGAUUAACACAGCGUACAAACAACCUCUAUCUAAUAGAGAAAAAGCCGCUGACUUUUUCUCCUUGGAAUGGUUCAUUUCUUUUCUGGUAUAAAGGACAUUUACUCGUCCUCCACUGUGCUGUUAAAGAGCAUCGAGAGAAUCUCCAUAUCUCCUCCAUUGGUCUCAAUGCCAAUAUUCUGAAAAGCCUAAUUGAAGAGUGCCGAGAAAAGUAUCUUAAGGGUACCUAG